CAAGUAAAAAACCCUAGCGAGAGAAAACCCUAAAUAUCCCUUCCUCUCUCCCGCCGCAAAUCUCCAAGCAGCAGCCGCAGCAGCCAUGCCGUUCAAGCGCUACGUGGAGAUUGGGAGAGUGGCGCUCGUUAACUACGGAAAGGAUUAUGGCAGGCUCGUCGUCAUCGUUGAUGUCCUCGAUCAGAACAGAGCUCUGGUCGAUGCCCCUGACAUGGUACGUGGCCAGAUGAAUUUCAAGAGGCUAACCCUGACUGAUAUCAAGAUUGACAUCCCAAGGAUCCCGAAAAAGAAGUCCUUGAUUGCUGCAAUGGAAGCUGCUGAUGUGAAGAACAAAUGGGAGAACAGCUCCUGGGGAAGGAAGUUGAUCGUGCAGAAGCGGAGAGCGUCCUUGAAUGAUUUUGACAGGUUCAAGGUCAUGUUGGCUAAGAUCAAGAGAGGAAGUGCUAUCAGGCAAGAGCUCGGGAAGCUGAAGAAGCAAACUGCAGCUUAGAGGACAGUUUAUUAUUAUCUGCUCAAUUGAUUUCCUCUAGUAGUUACUUUCUUGAACUUCAGAAGUAGUCAUUUGCUGGUUUAGUUUGUACUCCUUGGAUACUUCUGAUGGCCCGUGCUUGUUUCUUGCUUUCGUUAAAUCAUAUGCUUUGUGGAAUUUUUGUCAAAUUAGGUUUACAAAGUUUUGGGACGCUUGAGUAAUUUGA